AUGCAUAUCCAUGUCUUGGGAGUCGGCUCGAUCGGUUCGCUCAUCUCGUUACACCUGCGGCACUCGACACCCCACCAGAUCACCCUCCUCGUCAAACGUAGCUCUUUCGCGCAGACAUUCAGACAUGAACUCGAACAAACAAUCACGGUCGAACGCGAAGGCUCGACCAUCAGAGCAGACGGAUUUAGUGUCGAGCUCACGGAUCCUGCCGCAGAGAAAAUGCGAAACCUCUUACGCCACCCCGACGGAACACUCCGUGCGUCGAUUCUCCGUCCGCGUAAACGAUACGCGGGGGUUCAGCCAUCUAAUGACCCAGCAACACCCAUCACAUCUCUCAUCGUCACCACCAAGGCACCCUCGACUUCUCGGGCCAUCCGGGCCCUCUCGCCCAGGCUCUCCCCAGACUCGACAAUCACCUUGCUCCAAAACGGGAUGGGUGUGUACGAAGAACUAUUACAACACGGCGUUUGGGUCAAGAGACCAUUCCACACUGUUCAUGCUGGCUUUGGCGAUUUGGUAUUUGGAGUUGCACCGAGUAGUCGAGUCCAAAUUCCUAUCGAUUUCGAGAAACCAAGCCGGAAGCAACUUAGAAGCUUGGACCUUGAGUCGCAUAAAAAGGAGCAGGAGGCACUUCUUGAUCAACUUGCCCCUUAUGCGUCCCUUCAUGACACUGUCAAUGCUCUCCUUUCACUCCGUGGGCUGCAGUCAUCCUGGAUCGGAGCUUCCACGCUACAAGAACGACUCCAACGAAAGCUCGUCACCAACAGUGUCGUCAAUCCACUCACGGCUCUUAUGGGAUGUCGAAAUGGAUCACUGGUAGGAAACCAGUACGCAUAUAAAAUCGGACAAGGGAUCUGUCAAGAAGCGGAAAAAGUCUUUCGAGCACAUGUUAGAAGACGAAAGAGGUCAACCCAACAAAGACUCGAGUUUGACGGAUCAAGACUUGGGGAGCGUAAAUCUUCCUCUUAG